GAUUGCCCAGGCUAACCUGUAGCUCACACCAAUCCCCCUGCCUUAGCCUCCUAAGUGCUGGGAAUGCAGGUAUAUUUUACCACUGCGGGCUUUGCUCUGCUCCUGAGAGCAAAGUUUUCCAUUGUGCAUUUGUGGGCCCAAGCGGAAAGUCACUUUUCUAUUUUCCUUUUAUUUUUAUAGCAGAAAGGGCUUCUAAGUUCCUGAUGAUCCCAGAAGCAAACACAAAUAGUGGUUUUAAUGCUUUAGUAGGCUAAGACCUAACAGUGGUCUCCCACUCAUCUCCAAAGAGUUAGCAAACUAGGUCUCAUCCUUGUAGUGGUCUCCCACCAAGUAAGACAAAAUGCAUACUAUGCAUACAGUGUUUACUAACACUGUACCUGGGACAAGAUAGGUGUUCUGUAAACGUUAGCUGUAUUAAACAAAUAAAAUAGAAACAAACUGGCUGUACUGCUAACGCUAUUACUCCGCCCUUCCACAACGUAAAACUCUUCGGAGGUGGGAGCCUGUCAGUCCACUUCACAGCAGGCGGACUGGUGCUGCUUGGCACAUGCUGCACUGAAAACGCCCAAAUAGGAUAGGGUUCCCAGCUCAGUCGCUUGAGGGCAAACCCAGAAGUCCUCUAGAUCUCCACCGACCUCCUCCCUCCCCUACUGGGCUGAGGAGUCUGAACCUGAGGGUUGACAACGCGAUCCCAAGAUAACCCCACGGCACUUUGGAACUCGAGCCCUGGAGCCCAGUCCCGCCCGGUCGCCGGGAAGCGGCUCCGCCCCCAGCGCUGGACAUCCCGGCUCCUGAUUGGCUGUGGGCCGGCUUCGUCUCGGGAUGUAUCCGCCGCCGCCAUUGUGCGGCGCUAGUCCGCUCGGAGGGUUCCGGCUGCGGCGGAUUCCGCGGCCUCUCACCCCUACCCGGCGGGUCCGGGACUCCUGUCCGUGUCGGUGCGGGCGCCGGCAUGUGGCUGUGGGAGGAGCAGGGGGGCCUCCUGGGCCCCUUCUCCUUUCUGUUGGUGCUCUUCCUGGUGGUGACGCGCAGCCCCUUCAAUGCCUGCCUCCUCACCGGUAGCCUCUACGUGCUGCUGCGCUUCUUCAGCUUUGAGCCGGUGCCCUCCCGCAGGGUCCUGCAGGUGCUCAAGCCCCGGGACCGCGUUUCGGCCAUCGCCCAUCGCGGUGGCAGCCACGACGCGCCCGAGAACACGCUGGCGGCCAUUCGGCAGGCAGCUAAGAAUGGAGCAACAGGUGUGGAGUUGGACAUCGAGUUUACCUCUGAUGGUGUUCCUGUCUUAAUGCAUGAUAACACAGUAGACAGGACGACAGACGGGACUGGUCGGUUGUGUGAUUUGACAUUUGAACAAAUUAGGAAACUUAAUCCUGCAGCAAAUCACAGACUCAGGAAUGAUUUCCCCGAUGAGAAGAUCCCCACCCUAAGGGAAGCCGUUGCAGAGUGCUUAAACUAUAACCUCACCAUCUUUUUUGAUGUCAAAGGCCAUGCAAAUAUGGCAACUGAUGCUCUCAAGAAGAUAUAUAUGGAAUUUCCACAACUAUACAAUAGUAGCAUGGUCUGCUCAUUCUUGCCAGAAGUUAUCUAUAAGAUGAGACAAACAGAUCAGGGUAUCAUAACAGCACUAACUCAUAGACCUUGGAGCCUGAGCCAUACAGGAGAUGGAAAACCUCGCUAUGAUACUUUCUGGAAGCAGUCCAUGUUUGUGGUAAUGGACAUUUUACUCGAUUGGAGCUUGCAUAAUAUCUUGUGGUACCUGUGUGGAAUUUCAGCUUUCCUCAUGCAGAAGGAUUUUGUAUCCCCGGACUAUCUGAAGAAGUGGUCAGCUAAAGGAGUCCAUGUUGUUGGUUGGACUGUCAACACCUUUGAUGAGAAAAGUUACUAUGAAUCCCACCUUGGUUCCAGUUACAUCACGGAUAGCAUGUUGGAAGAUUGUGCGCCUCAUUUCUAGACUUUCCCUAGGCAAGAAACACAGGUUCAGAAACUGCACAUCAGCCUCAUACAGGGAUAGCAAAGUACCUGUGUGCUAGUCCAACCCUGGAGGGGCCAGUGGCUCACAAGCAAUAGCCAGUAAUUGCAUUCUUUUCUGAAUAAACCAAAAGCAGGUGUUACUGCCAGGCUCCGUAGAAUGCCUGCAUGCAUCAGUGUUGCUCUUGAAAGUCUGGGUCUGAGAAAAGGUACUCCAGCCCCCACUUAGCAACCCUGAGACCCAGUGGGGAUAAGCAGGGUGACUUGUGCCGGUGGGGGUGCAAGUGCAAAUGCAUGGGACUUGCAUGAUCAUUUGGAGUUGACAUUUUAAAACCAUACUUAAGCAGUAUAGUUAUUUCAAAUAUUUGUGUAGAGCUCUGUUAACAGUGUGCUGUAGAUAUCAAACUUGUGACCACACUAAUAAAACAAUUAAAAGGAGCGAGAAAGGAAAAUGCAUAGCAAGCCCCCAUCCUCCCUGCGGCUCCCUAAGUUUGGGAAGCCGCAUGGUGCGAUGCAGUGAAGCCUCAGUGCGCAGCAACCAGAGGGAAGGAGGUGCUGGAAGCAAGUGGAGUAAGAGCUACAAGCCAUCGGGCAGAGCCGAACAUCAGGUUUAUUAGGAAGCUUUACAGCCUCGACAGCAUACAGGUAGAACUGGGAGAAACUUCCAAGGACUCAGUUGAUCUUCAGAUGAGAUGAUGCCAACAUGUGGAUGGAGAGCAGCAGCCUCCAGAACCCCCAGGUGGUGGUAUAGCAAGGCUCUAUCCCAUAAUAACAUGUUUGCUAUAACCCAGGAACUGUAUGAGGGUUUGGCAUGAUCUUACUCAACCUGAGAGGAAACAGGCUCUGCAAAAUGAAGUCACUUCCCUGAGGUAUCAGAGUACAUGGUACAAAUAGGGCUCACAUGUCCCUGGGCCUGACUCACGGCUACUAUCCUUCACCACACACCUCUGUACUCUCCUGUGUGAACACCCAAGGCUUCUGUUUUGAACUUAAGCAGCAGUGUUUAAAAUGAAAUUCAAUUUUUUAAUUUUUAAUUUUUCUUUUUUUUUUUUUUUUUGGUUUCAAGAGUUGAAC